AUGCGCGGCCGCCCUCCCCCCGCGGCACGCGCGGGAACGCCGCGGCCUCCCCGGCUCCCGCCUCGGGGCCAGGCGGCGGGCGCCUGCGACGACGGCUGCGCUGGGCGGGCAGCUUGUCUCGCUGGUUGGGUCCGACAGCCGCGCUGGGCUGGCAAGGUCGCCCUCUGCGGUCGGCAACAGAUUCAGCGCGUCCUCUCCUGCCUCCGCAUCUCUGCAUGCGUUGCCGGUGGACCUCGCGUGAGGCAGUCUUCCGGAGAUCCGACGUCGCGAAGCCAUUUCGGCAUCGUGGAGCAGAUCCGCCGGGCCGCGAGUCUUUCUGAUGCAUCUUCCGGGCCAGAUCGAUCCGUCGUCAGGGUCCUGCUGCCCGACACAGAGCAACAUCGCCAGCUGUGA